AACCGCUUACUCUUGAAAGAGGUUUGCACUAAGAGUUUUUAAUUUCUUUCAUGCAGCACUGUGCUAAAUUUAAGGUUUUGAGGGUUUACUCCCCCAGAGUGCAUUUAAUCUUAAUAAAUCUUCCAGAUAUCAUGAGAGCUAUUGAGUUGCUUGAAAUCUUGCAGAAAAGUGGGGAUUUUCCAACACCUAAGCUUCAAGCUUUGCAGAGAAUCCUACAAAGUGAUUUUCUGCAUGCUGUUCGAGAAGUUUAUGAAAAUAUUUAUGAGACAGUAGAUAUCAGUGGCAGCCCUGAAGUUCGAGCCAAUGCAACUGCUAAGGCAACAGUAGCAGCAUUUGCAGCCAGUGAAGGUCAUGCCCACCCAAGAGUUGUGGAGCUGCCCAAAACAGAAGAGGGUCUAGGCUUCAAUGUGAUGGGAGGGAAAGAGCAAAAUUCACCAAUUUACAUAUCUCGAAUCAUUCCUGGAGGUGUAGCUGACCGACUUAAUUGCCUCAAACGUGGUGAUCAGCUGCUCUCUGUUAACGGAGUGUCAGUUGAGGGAGAAUACCAUGAGAAGGCUGUAGAACUGCUGAAGCAAGCCCAAGGCUCAGUGAAGUUGGUGGUGCGCUACACACCUCGUGUUCUUGAAGAAAUGGAGGCCAGAUUUGAGAAGCAGAGGGCUACAGGCAAGAGACUUCAGAGUGCAAAGCACCACACUUAAAUUGGUAGUGACGUUUAUAAGCAGGUGAUCAGCUGCUAAUGGGUCUGUGAAAUUGAUUGUUCGUUACACCCCGCAAAUUCUGGAGGAAAUGGAGGCACGAUUUGAGCGACACAAAAUGGCUCGCAAAUAGGCCAUCUGAAUCUCUACAUCAUAUUUUUAUUUAGUGGUUUUUCUCUCACCCUUCUUCAUCAGCCAAGGAGGAUUAUAAUUAUCAUGUUCUAGUUUUUAUAUCAAACUGGGAGAUAGCAGUUGGGUACAUUUUAGAGAUUUCUUUUUAAUGAUUCUUGAUGUUGAAUAACAUUUUCACUGAAAAUUUUUUUUCUGUAGUUGAACAUCUUUCAUAACCUUCUAUAACAUUUCAAGAACUGUAAAUUUUGAAAAUUGGUUGUAAAUGUAAUGUCUGAAUAAAGAUUCACACCCACCUA